AUGAAACUCUAUGACGUUACUCAGGCCCCUAAUCCCCGUCGCGUGCGUAUGUUCGCUGCUGAAAAAGGAAUUGAUCUGGAGUGCGUACAGGUCGACAUGGCCAAAGGUGAACACAAAACGCCGGAAUUCCUGCAGAAAAAUCCCAGCGGUAAGAUCCCGGUGCUCGAACUGGACGAUGGUACCUGUAUAGGAGAAUCCGUUGCCAUCUGCCGUUAUCUUGAAGCCAUCCAGCCCGAACCUAACCUGUUUGGUGAAGCGCCGGUUGAGCUGGCCCAGGUAGAAAUGGUGCAUCGACAGAUUGAGCUUGAACUGUUUUCUCAGGUAGGUACGUCCUGGGUCAAUGGCCCGGUGGUGGGAAAACUGUUUGCCGGGCGGAUCGAGCAGAUACCCGCAGCCAAAGAUAAAAGCGACAAGUUGACCCACGCAUUUUAUGAGCGUCUCAAUCGGCAGCUUGCAGAAGCGCCGUAUAUCGCAGGCGAUCGGUUUACGAUUGUCGAUAUCACAACCCUGAUCAUUGUUGAUUUUGCGACGGCCAUGGUGGGAUUGAAGCCCGCAGAGGAGCUUGAAAACUUAUGGCGAUGGCACGCGCUGGUCAGCGCGCGGCCGAGUGCUUCUGCUUAA